CAUAAUUAACGGUUAGCAAAUUACAGCCCUGCCGCUACAUCAAUCUGUAACGAGUGUGGCAACGCCACGCAGGUAGCCAUCUUUCUUUCUUUCCCCAACUUCACGACCGCGUGGACGUCGAUACGUAAAAGGGAACCACCACAGCAGGCAACAAAAUGACCAACUCAAAGGGUUAUCGUCGCGGCACCCGAGACAUGUUCUCGCGCCCCUUCCGCAAGCAUGGUGUCAUCCCACUGUCCACAUAUAUGCGCGUCUUCAAGAACGGCGAUAUUGUUGACAUCAAGGGACACGGUGCCGUCCAGAAGGGUAUGCCCUACAAGGCAUAUCACGGCAAGACUGGCCGCAUCUUCAAUGUCACACAGCAUGCCGUUGGUGUCAUUGUAAACAAACGUGUGCGCGGCAAGAUCCUAGCCAAGCGCAUCAACGUGCGCAUCGAGCAUGUGCAUCACUCCAAGUGCCGUGAGGAUUUCCUGCGUCGUGUCAAGGAGAACGAGCGUCUGCUCAAGGAUGCUAAGGCCCAGGGUAAAUGGGUGAACCUCAAGCGUCAACCAGAGCAGCCAAAGAAGUCGCAUUUCGUCAAGAAACUGGAGGAACCCAUCGCUUUGGCGCCAAUUCCAUACGAGUUCGUUGCUUAAAUGCAUCUUAACAACAAUUGCGCGGAUGUGUUUUUUGUUUACAAUUUUUGUGUGGAUUUGAUGGAUGAAUUCUAAGUUAAGAUUCAAAAAAUAGAAUUGAUUUUCUAUACGAUUGCUGUAAACAAUUA